UCGUUACGGAGCGAGACCGGUGCGUGAGGUGAGGUUGCAGUGAGAUUGCUUAAGAAGAUGCAACUAGAAAUAAUCUUUUAGGAAAAGUGUUGUACAUUUGAAAAACCUAACAGUAACUUGCUGGUGGACAAAAUGCCUAUUUACACAGUUCCUGCAAGAAGCCCCUCUGAGGUACGGCAUACUACCGCUUUGCAGAAGGCUUCUUCACAGAAUACCUUUACCAGCAGCAGAGUGUCUGGGCAGCAACUGCAAUCAAAUGAAUCGGGGGAAGAAAAGGGAAGUCUACUUUCAUGUUCUCAGAAUAAGACGGGGGAAGUAAAUAGGACCUAUGUGAUUUCAGCCUGUAAAAAAGUGUGUGAUGCAUCAGCAGCCUUUAAACCUGAAGGCAGAUUAAUGCUUCAGAGGAGAACUGGAGCAAGCAAAAAAGCAGUGUCCGGUAGUGAACAGUUGCAUGCAAACACAGCACAGGGCAUGCAAAAUAUACAAAUGGAGAAAAGACUUACUCUGCAGAGGCGUGUGAGGACUGACUCCAUAGAGAAGACUAAAAUUACUCGAAGUACUAUGCCUGGAAUAGAAAAUAACUUUGCUGCACAAAGAAAUGACAAGAUUGCAUUUAUGCCAGAGAUUAAUCCUAAUGAUACCUACGAUGUUAAACCAAGCUUUAAGUUAGUUGAGGGUCAGUCAGAUAUGAAGUUGCAGUGUAACCUGAACAGCAAGGUUUCCUUUGGCUUUGCUGAUGGUCUGUGUGAAAAUGACAGUUGCAUGUGUUUAAAAUACAGGACAAACGCUGCUGACACAAAGUUUCCAAAUGAAGUUGCUAAAUCAGAGCAAUUAGUUACCUCAAAAUAUACGAAUAAGCUGUCAGGAGAGCAACUGAAUGAAAAUGGUACUGGAAAGCAAAGUUUACCACAUUUGAUGAUAAAGCAUAACACUUUAGAAAGACUGAGGACGCCAACAAAAAGUUCAACAGAAAUAUUUGAGCUUGCACCAAAGAACAACGCUUCUCAGGACCAGCCAUCAUUGUCAGCUUCAAAUAAGCAAAAACCUAAUCUUAGAAUUUUAGCCAAAACUAAAACUAGUGUCACCAGCUCUCCUAUCACUGGAAGUUUAAAACCAAAAGAGAACAUGGAAGCUCUUGCUGACAGCAGUAGCACAGAGAAAGAUGUUUUCAAAGUGGAAAACAGCAAAGUGAUUGUAGCUGUGCGUGUACGGCCUUUCAAAAACAGCGAGAAAAAUGAAAACUCACUCCCUGUAAUCUCCAUGAAUGGGUCAGAGACGUCUGUACGAAAUCCAGCCACAAACCAAGCUUACAGCUUUAGUUAUGACUUCUCUUUCUGGUCUUUUGACAAGUGUCAUCCUAAUUUUGCAAGCCAAGCAACAAUUUAUAGAACUUUGGCAGUGCCACUCCUGAAGAGAGCAUUUGAGGGCUAUAAUGCCUGUCUUUUUGCUUAUGGGCAGACUGGUUCUGGAAAAUCAUACACGAUGAUGGGAUUUGAUAAAGACCGAGGAAUAAUUCCAAGGCUUUGUGAAGAUCUUUUCACUGAAAUAGCACAAAUGGACAAGCAACAGGUUUUGUAUCAUCUUGAAAUGAGCUUUUUUGAAGUAUACAAUGAGAAAAUUCAUGAUUUGCUUGUAUUUAAAGCUGAAAGUGGACAGAAGAAAGAACCGCUUCGUGUAAGAGAACAUCCUGUAUUGGGACCAUACGUGGAAGGCCUGACAGUGAAUGUUGUCAGUUCUUACUCUGAUAUCAAGAGUUGGCUUGAACUAGGAAAUAAGCAGAGAGCAACAGCUGCUACAGCAAUGAAUGACAAGAGCUCUAGAUCUCAUUCUGUCUUCACCCUUGUCAUGACACAAACCAAGGUGGAAUUUGUGGAUGAAGAGCAGUGUGAUCGUAGGCUUACCAGUCACAUAAAUCUAAUUGAUCUGGCUGGAAGUGAAUGCUGCUUAACAGCUCAGACCAGUGGAGAAAGGCUGAAGGAGGGUGUGAGUAUCAAUAAAUCACUAUUAACCCUUGGAAAGGUUAUUUCUGCCCUCUCUAAACAGUCUCAAAAUGGAAAGAAAGCUUUCAUUCCUUACCGGGAAUCUGUCCUUACUUGGUUGUUAAAGGAAAGUCUUGGUGGAAAUUCACAAACCACUAUGAUUGCCACAGUGAGUCCAGCUGCUAGCAGUACAGAAGAAACCCUCAGCACUCUUCGCUAUGCAAAACAGGCUUGUUCAAUUAUCAACACUGCUAAAGUAAAUGAAGAUGUGAAUGCCAAGCUAAUCAAAGAAUUGAAAGCUGAAAUUGAAAAACUGAAGGCAGCUCAGAGGAGUGCUCUGAAGACUGAUCCGGAAAAAUACAGACGUUAUUUGCAGGAAAUAACAUCUUUGAGGGUAAAAUUGCACCAGCAGGAGAAGGACAUGGCAGAAAUGCAGAGGGCCUGGAAAGAAAAAUUUGAACAAGCAGAAAAAAGGAAAUUGGAAGAUGCAAAAGAAUUGCAGAAAGCAGUAAUUGCAUUCAAAAUGGACAAUAAUUUACCAAACCUUGUCAAUCUCAGUGAAGAUCCUCAGCUUUCUGAGGUGCUGUUGUACAUGAUCAAGGAAGGAGAAACUACAGUUGGAAGGCAUACACCAAAUUCAAAACAUGAUAUCCAGCUUUCUGGAGUGCUUAUUGCUGAUGACCAUUGUGUUAUAAAAAAUACUGUUGGCAAAGUGAGCAUUAUUCCACUGGGAGAAGCGAAGACAUAUGUAAAUGGAAAAUGCAUUUUAAACCCAACAGUUCUGCAUCAUGGUGAUCGAGUGAUCCUUGGGGGAGACCAUUAUUUCAGGUUUAAUCAUCCAGUAGAAGUUCAGAAAGGUAAAACGUCCUCUUGUGGGACAUUUUUACAUGAUGGUCCAAAAGAUUUUGAAUUUGCAAAGAACGAACUGCUUAUUGCACAGAGAGCCCAGCUUGAAUCGGAAAUUGAAGAGGCACGACUCAAAGCCAAGGAAGAAAUGAUGCAAAGUGUCCAGAUUGCGAAAGAGAUGGUUCAAAAAGAACUGACCUCACAAAAAGAAGCUUAUGAAAGCAAAAUAAAAUCACUGGAGGCAGAGGUGAGAGAAGAAUCUCUUAAGAAGCAAAUCCAAGAACAGAAUAACCAAAAAGCUGAGACUAAAAUACAGGAGUUAGAGAAGGCAAAGCAGAAUCUUGAGCUGGAACUACGCUUCAAUAAGAAGCGUUUAGAAAUGGAGACAUUAGCUACCAAGCAGGCUCUAGAAGAUCAUACUAUUCAUCAUGCAAAGAUACUUGAAGCCUUGGAAGCUGAGAAGCAGAAGAUCGCUGAAGAAAUACAGAGUCUUCAGAAGAAUUAUGAAAGUGGGAAUAAAACUAUGACUGUUCCACUUAACUGGAAUUCUCUGAAGCUAUCUGUGAUGAUCGAAGAGGCCAACACCAUUAGUAAUCAAUUAGGGAAAACCACUGUUUUCUAUAGGCACGACAAAAUUGAUGAUAAAACAGGAGCAGCAUCUUCUGUUCAGGUGCAGGUUCGUAACAUCAGACUGGGAAUAGCAACUUUCUGGAGCCUAGAGAAGUUUGAAUGCAAACUAGCAGCAAUGAAGGAACUAUAUGAGAGUAAUGACAGGAAUAAAGCUGCUGAUGUAUUUUAUGACCCUGCUGAUGAGUGGGAACCUGACCUUUCAGAUGCCUCUGUUUCCUCUCUUUCCAGAAGAAGAAGUAGAAGUUUCAUGAAAAACAGGAGAAUUUCUGGAUGUUUGUCUGAGAUAAAAUUACAACCAAUUCAGAAUAUGCAGACUUCCUAUACAUCAGGUUUACAGAACAAGUCCAGCAUGUGCCCAAGCUUUUGUGAAUCUUUUCUUCCUGGAAUUUGCAGGGAAUCUAUAAAUUCAGCUUUAGAUUUACUGGAACAGAAUCAUGAAGGAGGAAAGAGCAUAGCAGAUAAUGUCCUGACUAAUUUGUUUGUCAUUUUCUCUGGAGCAUCUGCCAUUUCAAAAGCCUAUGAACAGCAAGAUGAAGAAUGUCAAGAGAACUUUUUCUCUCUUGAUCAUGCUGCUCAGUCCUACAGCAUCAGAAUUAUCUCUGCUUUUGACCAGCUUGUGAUUCUUACCAAACUUUGGCUUAACAAUAUCCAAAAGUGGCCUGGACCUACAAAAGUUGAUGAAGAAAUAAAACAGGAAGUAAAGAACUUGGGAGGUUAUUUACAGCUACUGUUGCAGGGAUGUUCUUCAGAUAUAUCCUCAAUGGUAACAGAAGCACUCAGCAAAGUAAACCAAACAGUAAAACAAACAAUGAAAUACAUAGGACACUUGGCAGUAGUCACAAGAGCUGAUAUUUCAUUUUCUGAAGAGAACAACAUUGCUGCAACCAGUCUACAGGACUUUGUACCCGCUGUUUACCAUGGCGUAUGCUCAGGGCUGGAGUUUCUCAUUGGUACUGUACAGGAAAAAGCAAGAAUGGUGCAGAAAGAACUUGUGAAACAAUAUCCACAAAAUGAGAUUCAAAAUCAAAUAAAGGAUAAUGUUGUAGCAAUAGCCAGAUUCCUUGAAAAUAACCUCUCUUAUUGUGGAAAGAAAGAAAUAGACUCUCAAUUACCAGAAGAAUCUCUAUAUCAGGAAAUAAAGAAAAGCACUAACAUCGCUGCAAAAUAUUUGGAAUUGGAGCAGUGCUUAGCUGAAGUCUGUCAAAUUGUUUCUUCUGUCUUACAAGGGUCGUACAGAAACACAAGCCCUCUUCGGAGCUUUGCAGAAAAUAUCUGUGUCAUAGCUGGGUAUUUUAACAACUAUUUCCAUUUAUUUGCCUUGUCAUCUUCUUCUGUAAACAAUCCCAUCCAGGAAAAAAAUAUGCCUUUUAUGAACUUGGAUGAAUUGGACUCUCUAGUUGAUUCCCUUAUUAUAAAUUUUGAACUUGAACAAGGACAGUUAUUACUGAAAUCUCAGACUCUUCGUAAUGAAACUGAGACUCAAGGAAUACCGGUUGUAACAGAUGAAGUUGAAUUUGCUUGGAAACAGAAAGUGAUUCCAAAAUACACACAGAAGCUUCAGUCUUCACCUCCCUUUUCUGCAGAGCUUUCACCUGGUAGGAUACAGUGGGUAUAAAAUACUAUUAUCAAGAAAUGCAGGGGAACUCUUAACUUUUAUUUGAAGGGAAAGCAAUAUACCACAAAAACCUAAAAUUUAUUGGUAAUAUUAUUAAAUGGUAUGAAAGUAAA